CUGCACAUCCUCCUGCAACAUCACUCUGAACGGCAGGUCGAGCUGACAGCGAUGAAUCCCACGAGUUACCCGACUGAGAAUGUUCAAAUGGGGAGGAACCCGGGACAGCCCAGAGGAGUCACAUCGGUCCAGUACACGACCGUGAACGUCACCUCGAACCCCCUCCGUGACCACGUCGUCUGGUCGAUCUGCUCCUUCAUCUACUUAAAUCCCUGCUGCCUCGGACUGGUGGCACUCAUCUACUCCUUCAAGGCCAGAGACCGGAAGGUGGCUGGAGAUGUGGAAGGCGCCCGGCACUACGCCUCCACUGCCCGCUGCCUCAACAUCUGCGCCAUGGUCCUGGUGUCCAGCAUAGUCCUUAUUCUCAUCAUUACAACCACCGUCUUGGUAAAGGCGUCGGCGGCCCACUAUAGCUUUAAAUACAAUGGCUAAGUUUCAAAUAGUGUGAGAGCUGCCUGCUGCUGGCUCAGUGAUGCUCGUGUGGCUCUGCGCUUUAUUUGUAAACUUUUUUCUUUUACUUCUAUCCAUCCUCAAGCAAAUGAGAUACUUUUUUUGGGGGGGAGUCUCAAACUCCUCCAUCUUUCUUUCCUGACUGUAUCUGUGGUGCACAUUUAUGCCAGACCUUGUUGUUAGAUUCCGGUGUCAGGCAUUUUGUCUCAUGGUUCUAAAAAAAAAGAAAAGAGGGAGAGAGAACUUCUUUAUCUAUCAAUAAAGAUGUUUUAUAACUCUGAAA